CCCGGAGCGAAGCGCUCUUAAAAAGGCAGAGCGCGGCGGGGUUUCUCUUGCUCGGCGGUGCGUCUUGCGGGGCGCGCGCAACCUGACCCACUCGGAGAGUGAGUGAGUGAGUGAGUGAGUGAGUGUGUGUUGUGUGCGGGAUGGCAGCGCUUAACGGAGCCCUGGAGAACGGGCAGACGGAGAAGGCGGCUUCUGUGCCCCUCCCUCAUCCGAUAAGGAACUUGGAGGUCCAGUUCACCAAGAUAUUUAUUAACAAUGAAUGGCAUGAGUCAAAAAGUGGAAAGAAAUUCCCCUCAUUUAACCCCACAACAGCUGAGAAGAUCUGUGAAAUUGAAGAAGGUGACAAGCCUGAUAUUGAUAAAGCGGUAGAAGCGGCAAAAACAGCUUUCCAAAGUGGAUCUGUCUGGAGACAAAUGGAUGCAGCCAGCCGGGGAAGACUUCUCAAUAAACUGGCAGACCUGAUUGAACGAGAUAGGGAGGUGUUGGCAACCCUGGAAACUUUGGACACUGGGAAACCGUUCCUCCAAGCUUUCUUUGUUGACCUUGAAGGUUGCAUAAAAACCCUGAGAUACUAUGCAGGAUGGGCAGAUAAAAUCCAAGGCAAGAAUAUUCCUGUGGAUGAAAACUAUGUCUGUUUCACCAGGCAUGAGCCAGUGGGAGUCUGCGGAGCCAUAACACCAUGGAAUUUUCCUUUGCUGAUGCUGAUCUGGAAGAUGGCCCCAGCGUUGUGUUGUGGCAACACCUUAGUUGUGAAACCUGCUGAGCAGACACCCCUCACCUCCCUCCACCUGGGCUCUUUAGUCAAGGAGGCAGGAUUCCCUCCAGGGGUACUGAACAUUGUGCCAGGAUAUGGACCUACGGCAGGAGCUGCUCUUUCCAUGCAUCCCAAGGUUGACAAAAUAGCUUUCACAGGCUCAACAGAGGUUGGAAAGCUGAUCAAAGAAGCUGCUUCAAAAAGCAAUCUCAAGAGGGUGACUCUGGAGCUGGGCGGGAAGAAUCCUUGCAUUGUCUGCGCAGAUGCUGACUUGGACUUAGCUGUGGACUGUGCCCACCAGGGCGUCUUCUUCAACCAAGGUCAAUGCUGCACAGCGGCUUCGCGUGUUUUUGUGGAAGAGCAGAUCUACCCAGAAUUUGUCAAACGCAGCGUGGAAUAUGCAAAGAAGCGACUUGUGGGAGACCCAUUUGAUUUCCAAACUGAGCAGGGCCCACAGAUCGAUCAGCAGCAGUUUGACAAGAUCUUGGACCUGAUUGAAAGUGGGAAGAAAGAAGGUGCCAAGUUGGAGUGUGGUGGUUUAGCUAUGGGCGAUUGUGGCCUGUUCAUCAAACCCACCAUUUUUUCAGAAGUCACAGACAAUAUGCGAAUUGCCAAAGAGGAGAUUUUUGGACCCGUGCAGCCCAUAACAAAGUUUAAGAGCCUAGAAGAAGUCAUACAGAGAGCCAAUAAUACAGAAUAUGGACUCACAGCUGCGGUGUUUACGAAGAACUUGGAUAGAGCCUUGACAUUAGCAUCAGCACUACAAUCUGGCACUGUCUGGAUCAACUGCUACAACUCCUUCUUUGCACAGGCUCCCUUCGGUGGUUUUAAAAUGUCAGGAAAUGGCAGAGAACUAGGAGAAUAUGCUCUCUCAGAAUACACAGAAGUGAAGACGGUCACCAUUAAAGUGUCUCAGAAGACCUGCUGAACUAUGGAUGCACGGAGGUGAAAAACUCCGACACUGUGAAUGUUGACACGUAAGACGGAUUGAAGGGCACCUGCUAGAAUUGGAAAGGGGGAAAUUGCCAAUUUUCCUUCCUUUAAAAAAGGAAAACAAACAAUCCUUAUUUUUUUUAAAAGCGGGUUUUCUUGAGCUGCUCCUUCUAACUCAAAAUUAAUCAACUGGUUUUCUGAAACAGAUUUGAUCUAAUCAGCUGCAAGAUUUUUCCUCCAGCCUGGUUAUCUUCCCAGAUGGGUUAGGACUUGAUUUCCCAUAAAUCCUAGUCUUUGGCUGUAGUGCUGGGAACUCUGGGAACUGAAGUCCCAAAACAUCUGGAAGAAUUAGAAAAAGACGAAGAAUGAAAGACCAACGUUGAAAGCAUUUUCAGAUAGCCAAACUCCAGUCAAUCCAAAGAGAUACCCAGGUUAGGGAAUGGAUUUGCAGAUGGAGUCCUGAGGCCAUUGGACAUUUUUGCAUUUCUUCACUUAGGACUGUUUUCCAAAUCUCUCAGAAAAUACUUUCAUCGUGUGUUGAAGGCUAGAUGAAGGAAAUUUCUACUUGCAAUUUUUCUCGCUUGUCUCUUAGUCUUAGUUCCACAUUACUUAGGGUUGCAUUUUUGCAAUUUAGCAAUUUGUCUCUAUUUUGGGGAUUUCUGACAAAUAUUUCACAAACGUGUUUUUUUGAAAUGUUUCACGAAUACAAAUAAGGAAGGAUCCCAGGUGCUGUUGUGAGCUUCUUGUCCAUUGACUUUUCCCAAGUACUUGCACAGACAUUUUUUUUUCUCCUUCUGGAUGGUGUACAAAAGCAUAAUAAGACAGCUACAGUAAUUGCCUCUCCCUUAUUGCUUUUAAUGGCCACUGUCUACAGUGCAAUCUGGAAUCGUUGGUUUAUUUUUCUAUAGAUGCUCUUUUUGAAAUAAAUAUAUUCCUUGUUGUGAUUUCAAGUUUUUUCAAUGUCUUGUAAUUAUUGACGGUAACUGUAUUUUAUUAUGGUUUUUGUACACACUGAAUUUUUUUCUUUUUUCUUUUACUUUGGAAAUUAAAAUCUUAGGCACUAUUGUAAAGUACAACCUUGUAGAGUCUUUAUAUUAUUUCAUUGCAUGUUAGUGCUGUCUAGAAGUAUCAUCACUAAAUGUUUAAAUAUAAAUAAAUAAAUAUAUAUAUUUAUAAAUUAGAAUGCAAUUAAUCUAAUGUAUUUUUAUUGCUGAUUGUACAUGGAAAUAAUUUGCUUAUUUUAAAAGUUAUCUCUUGUAAUAGUAGCA